UUUUUCUUUCAACUGAAACCAAAACAUCACCAAUUGUGUUUUCCUUUCCCUUGGUCUCUUAAUUGUUUCACUUAAAUUGUUUCUAAUUUAUUUAAUUCCAUUCAAGUAUAGAGUAAUAUCAAUCUUCCAGUAAUUGACAAUCACAAAUUAAUGGUAAGAAAUUAAGAAAAAGCAAAUCAACCGAUGAUAAACAUCAUAUGUUUUCCUAUUUAUUUACAACCUUGAAGCUGACAUCCCGGACAUCAUCUGAUUGAGUUACACUGAUUGGUAAACAUAACAAUGUCUUCAAUUAAAUAUCUCGGUAAAUUGCGGUUAACCAUUAAUUUGGGUAAUCUAUUGUCUCCAAGAAAGAUCUCACCAUCAAUUAUUACAUCUUCUCCAUCAUCAUUAUCAUUUUCUUCAUCAUCCUCAUCACAACAACAACAAUCACCACCUUGUUGUUCAUCUAAAAUAUCAUCAUCGCCAUCUUUAACUUUACCAUCACAAGUUUCAUUAUCUUCCCAUCUUCAUCAUUCUCACCAAUAUCCAACUAUAAUUGUCACCGGUCAGUGUCUACAAUCAAUAUUCCGAUGAACGAUUUAAGUUCUGAUGAAGAAAUUACUCAAUUGUCUAGUUUAGCAGUUUCGCCAGAUCUUACCAAUCGUUAUAUCAGUUACAAGAGACACUUUAAGAAUAAAAUCAAAGAAAACAAUAUCGAUCCGAACGGAGUAUUUGCUAACAAUGAACUGGAUCUAUCGGAAAUUAAGGUUUACGGUUUCGAUUAUGAUUAUACUUUGGCUGUUUAUAAAGAAUCUCUUCAUUAUUUAAUCUACAAUUUAGGACGUGAUGUGUUAAUUAGCAAAUACAAAUAUCCAAAGGAAUCAAAUCGUUAUUAUAUUCCCGAUUUUGCAAUUCGAGGCCUUCAUUAUGAUAUUGAACACGGACUUUUGACUAAGAUCGACUCGUUUCAUCAAAUUCAACUUGGAUGUGUAUACAGAGGAUUCAGCCCUUUAUCCGAUGAAGAAGUGACCCAAAUAUAUGGUGGUUGUUACAUCUCCCAGUCAUUGAUUAAACCUGAAGAUGAUCAUCCAAAGAUGAAACAAUUAAAUGAUCUCUUCUCUGUGCCAGAAAUUUGUUUACUUGCAAAUGUAACUGAAUAUUUUAUCAGGAAUAAUAUUCCCUAUUGUCCAGAGAUACUUUUCUAUGAUGUUCAAUCGGCUGUGCAAAGUAUUCACCCUGUGAUGCAUCAAAUGCUUGAUCGUGAUAGAAUCGGUGAUUAUUUAGAAAAGCGACCUGAACUUACAGAAUUUCUUACUCGACUUCGAGUUGCCAAAAAGAAAAUGUUCCUAAUCACAAACAGUCCUUUCGAUUUUGUAGACUGUGGCAUGAGAUUUAUGAUUGGUAACAAUUGGACAGAUUUAUUUGACAUUAUUAUUGUUCGAGCUCGAAAGCCAAAGUUUUUCAAUCAAGCUCAUAGACCUUUCAGAAGUUAUCAACCUGAUACUGAUUCACAUACAUGGGAAGAGGUGACUCGUUUUGAAAAGGGUAAAGUUUACAUGGAAGGGACAGUGAAAAAGUUACUCGAACUGACCGGUUGGCAUGGUAAUAAUAUCCUUUAUUUUGGUGAUCAAAUUUACGCUGAUUUAGCUGAUUUAACUCUUUUCCAUGGUUGGAGAACCGGAGCUGUAAUUGGUGAACUUGAGAAUGAGAUUAAUAUUCUGAAUUCUGAGGAGUUUUCAGAGGCAAUCAGUGAAUUACAAGCAAUCCAAUUGCUGAUCGAUGAACGUCAAAGAGACACAUGCAUCUUAAAGUCACCUCUCCAUGCCGAAGAUUUGUUACAAUAUUUAUUUCGAGAUCGAGAAGUUCUCAGAUUGAAAUCGAAAAGUUUAUUCAACCCACAAUUCGGAAGCAUAUUUAGGACACAUCAUAAUCCGUCCUACUUUUCCCGUCGACUUUUCCGUUACAGUGACAUUUAUAUGUCACAUAUUACGAACUUGCUGAACUAUUCAGUUAAUCACAUUUUCUGCCCUCGAAGGGGAUCAUUACCCCAUGAAAAGAUGUCCCCAGUUAUCAAAGUUCGGGAAAUUCAAUAUUAAUCGGCAAGGAAAACCCUGUGGUUUACUAAUUGCUGAUGAUUAGAAAUCAAGAUUAUGGAAAUUAAAAAGAAGCAUGAAAAUCAACUCAAUCAUGACUAUGGAAUCAAUUGAGAUCUAAAUCAGAGUUAAUUGUUCACUUGCAGCUCAACAACCAAUUUGGACAGAAUCAUCUAGAUCAGUCAUUUAAUUAAUCACAGUAAUUAACCGCUCCAAUCUUUAACCAACAAUUUAUCUUUAUCAUUUGUUGAAUAGACAUUUAGAUUUAAUGAUUAAUUAAUUGUAGCGAUUAAGAAUUAAAAAGGAAUCUCAAUUUCUUUGGCUUAGCUCUCUAAACAAUUUACAUGACUAAUUAAUCCUGAUUUAAUAAAUCUCAAUUGAUUCACAAUUAUCGUGAUGAAAAAAAACAAAAUUCAAAGAAAAACAAAUUGCUCAUCUAAUUAAAUUAAUUAUCGUCAAUACAAAACCAAGAAACCUGAAUAGAAACAAUCAAAGGAUAUUAAUUGUUACAGUUUUUAUUUGAAAGUCUAAUCAUAAUUACAGAGCUUAUAAUUGUAAUUAAAUUAAAAUGUAUCUCUAAAUUGUUUCAAAUCAAAACUACGAUGGUCAGUUUUCACUUUAAACUAGACAAUCAACUUGAAGGAUAAAUA